UCAGCUCAGAAAAAAACUGGCUCAGCUGUUCUGGUCUUGAGCUCUUCUUCCUCAACAUAUAUCACAGUCGUCUGAAGUCUUAACAGCUCUUGAACUACAGGAGAAGUUCAGAGAAAACUUACAAUGGGGGCAUCGCCGUCGCGAGAAGAGGCGCAUUCCAACUCUUCUUUCUCUGGGAACGGCAAAGCCAUGGCGGUGGCAAGCAGCGCUUCCAGUUCUGGUAGCAACCAGGCCCAAUCAAAGAGAGCACCAGCUCUUCACAUGUUCCAAGAGAUUGUUGCCGAGAAGGAUUUUACUGCAUCUUCACUGGAAGAUCAGAUCUACACCGGCAUCUUCUUGGCAGGGAAAACAAAGAAGUACUGGGUGGAUGAGAGAACUAGGAACAACUGCUUCAUGCUGUUUCCCAGAGGCUUGUCUAUCACUUGGAGUGAAGACCCCAGAUUCUGGACUUGGAAACCUCUGAAAGAAGGAAGCAGUGAUGCUGACACUGACACCCAGAUCGAAGUGCCGUCGCUGCAGAACGUCUGCUGGUUAGAGAUCCAUGGGAAGCUUGAACGGUCCUAUCUUACACCAGGAGUCACCUAUGAGGUUCUCUUUGAAGUAAUGCUUAUUGAUCCUGCAUACGGGUGGUCUGUCCCAGUGAACCUUCAGCUCAAGUUCCCUGAUGGAACAGUCCAGCAGCGUAAAGAGAAUCUUGAGGAGAAGAUCAGGAUGAAAUGGCUGGAGCUCAAGGUCGGGGAGGUGAAAACCCAGCAGGGGCAGAAGGGAGAGAUUGAGAUAUCCAUGUUUGAGUAUGAUGGUGGGCUGUGGAAGAGAGGGCUACUAAUCAAGGGAAUCAAGAUUCUCCCAAAACAAUGAUGUGUUACUCUUCGAUGAUCAUUGAUCAUUAGCUAUAUUUUGUCAGUUAUGUUAAGAUCCACACAAAGUAUCAGAAUAAUGUGCUUGCUGCUACAUAAUUCAAGUGUUCUGAAUGAACUUAUGCAUCUACCAGCAAUGCUGUUUGCACUAAAAAAAUAAAUCCAAGACUCUCUUCACUUCAA